UUCGCCUCGUAGACGGUCCUCCACGGUGCUGGCACACUCGCAAUCGCGCUUCGUAACCUUCGACCGCGUAUCGCGCACCUAACCUCGUCCGCAACUGCUCGCGCGACCAUAAAACGACCGUCAGACGCAGUGACAUCGAGGAAUAAACAAGAGAACUCGCGAUUCUUAACUAUCCCACUGAAGUUCAUCGUGUUGAGUGAUUCAGUUAAAUGUAACAGGAAUUUUUAGUUCGCGUACACGUGAAAUGUAAAGACGCGAUUAGCUGGAACAGUUCGCGCGCGAUCGACUUCGCGAGAAUCUCUCGAAUCGAUAACCCGCGAGCAUGAGCGAAUAUCGUGAUGGUCCGCGAAGAUCCCAACCGAUGACUGCUAACGAUAAAGCUCUCUGAGUGCGUUACUGCAACCGAUCCCGACAUCCUUGAGACGCCGUUGCUCCGCCGGCGCGUGGAUGACGGCGAACGGGCCAAGAAAAAAUCCUCGUUAUCGUUGUGGAAACAAACUAUUAGCGUAAGAUAGCAUUUCGUCGGAGCCGGCGCGCGACAGUUGCUCCGGUAAAAUAUGCCCGAGGAGGAACGUCCACGGUGCAUCGCGAUUGUUCAGUGAUUCCAAAGACGUUGUUAAGUGUCACCUGACCGAGUGCCAGUGAUGGACAUUGCCUGGACAACGACUACCAGGUAGAUCUGCCAACAAGUCGAGCAUCGAAGACGUGGAGGAACGUUGUAUCAAAAGCGAAGCUUUAUGAAGACAUAGAGGGACGUUGCAACAAAGACAGGACUUCUUCGAGACGUAGAAGAUAGAAGAAGAUAUCAAAGAUAGAACCUGAUCGAGACGUAGAGGGACGUACUAUCACUUGGACGACGUGUAUUUCAGUGCAACAACGUGUAGAAAGAAACAAGCAUCAGUUCGAAGCUCAAAGUACCACCAGGUGAAUUCAAGGCGCACAUGUUCAAGCAGCCAGGGUCCCAAUCGGCGCCGAGAGCAGCAGAGAACCGCCCGAGGAAAUGACAAGUGCCCUGAACGAAGAGGUCCUCAACGACCCGAGGAAUUAGGUUCCCCGCGAACGACGUGAAUGUGCCCACCGAGCGAUCACGAUGGAACCGCGUGGGAUGAUGAUGUCGAACCUGUCGUGCGACGGCUGCGCGGACAGCGAUCGGGAUUCCGACAGCAGCAGCAUGAUCGUGGACCCGGUGAGUCUCGACAAGAACGAUUUGUCGCCGUCCCAGUCGUCGUCGAGCCCCAUAAUCCCCAGCUCCCCGGUGCCGGCCACGUCCUCGCGAAACCGCGGCGGUAGUCGUAGCAAGAAGAACUACACGAUGAUGUCCGCGAACGGUCAACAGAAGACGGCCACGGCGGGUCAGGCGACCUCCUACGGGAACGACAAGAUGUCCUCAUCCCUGAUCAAGCCACCGUACUCCUACAUAGCCCUGAUCACGAUGGCGAUACUCCAAUCGCCCCAGAAGAAACUCACCCUGAGCGGGAUCUGCGAGUUCAUCAUGUCGCGGUUCCCCUAUUACCACGACAAGUUCCCAGCUUGGCAAAACUCCAUCAGACACAACCUUUCCUUGAACGACUGCUUCAUCAAGAUACCCCGCGAGCCUGGAAACCCAGGUAAAGGGAAUUACUGGACCCUGGAUCCCCUGGCGGAGGACAUGUUCGACAACGGAAGCUUCCUGCGUCGCAGGAAGAGGUACAAGAGGCCUCCGCCUCAUUACGUCCUUCGCGAUCGAGCGAUCAUGGCCACUUUCGCCAUCUGCGGCGAUCGAGGACCCUGUCCAGGUGGCGGUGGCGGUCAUCCAGGGGCCCUGGGCUACCCCAGCGCGGCGUACCUGUCCCCACCACCUGGUCUGCCGCUGCUGGACUUCUCACCUUCGACUCUGGAGGCUUUGAAGCUAGGAGGCUUCCUAGAACCGCCGCCACCGUUGUAUAAACCAGUACCCAUCAGCGCUCCGCCGAUCAGGCAGCUGGACCCAACGCCCACGAGGUCAACGACGAUACCAACGAGUCAUCCCCCGGUGGACAAGAAGAGGAACUUCAGCAUCGACGCUCUGAUAGGGAAACAGGCCGCCAGCGAUCAGAACUGCGGCGGGCUGCUGGACCUCAGCCCGACGGAGCAUAGAGAGAUCAGAAGUCAGGCGUCGGCGUUCUCGCCUCUGAUCUAGAAAACACGGCGGAUGGAUCUCGAAGCUUCUGGUCUCCGAACUUUCGCAACAAAGGGUUUUGGUUCAGAGGGUUGUCGUUACUCGGGUGUCGAGUCUAUGGUCGUGGCUAAUUGUUUUUAGCUGAGAUAUUUGACGAGACUGGUCACCGGACGUGAUCGACGAGGACGCGACGUCCCUGGCCGAGAAGAGCUUCCAAGAGUUUUGGGGGUGUAUUUGAUCUUUCCUCUUCUAGCAAAGGAAGACGAUGAGCUUGGAAGAUGUUUGAGAAUCGCGAGACUCUAACGAGAUGCAAAACAAUUCAAUCCUCCCCGGCUGAGACUUAAUGUGUCGUCAACAGUCUGAUUGUCAAUGUUACGAAUAUUCAAAGCGAAUCGCGAGUGGCGCGAUGGAAAGUAAAACGAUCUCAGAGGACCUGCUCACGAUACCAAAGUAUAGUCGAUGAACUUGUUACGAUUAAUUACGACUUGUGUAAAAAGACGCGGAUAGGAGAAACGAAUAAUUGUAAAAAAAAAAGAAGUGUAGUGCAAUAGUGUAGUGAUUUGUUUAAUAUACCGAAAGCGUCCCUCCGUUCGCUGACGAUCGAACGAUUCUUAGUGACUGUACUACCCUCGAGUGGUGAUGGGACCGAGCCAAUGACACGCGUAUCAAUUGCCAAGCGUUUUGUUGAGAUAUCGAAGUUGUCGUUGGUAUUAAUAAGACGUGCUUGACAUUUCUUGUAGUAUCGAUACGAUUCAAGCAUCAUCGAGGCCUCGACGAGAGACGUAGGUAGUCUGACAGCGGAGUUGUCGAUCAUUCGAUUAAAUAUGAAUACAUUCUUAUCUGGAUUAUUUUUUCCCGGGUGUGAACAAUUACAGGUGAUCAUUCAGAAAUUUAUUGAGUAAAUCUCUCUAGAUAUAUAUUUAUUUCUAUAUGUCUAGAAGAAUUAUUUUCAUCUUGAAAAUCAAUUGGUCAAAAAUAAAUACAAAAACAUUUAGGACACAUUGAUGUAGAUAAUGAUUAAAAUAACUUAAAAGAAGUCUUUACGUGAAUUAACUUCGAUAAUUUCAAAUUUCAUUUAAAUAACUUUUAAUAAAAUUUGAAGCACUGUACCGUCACGAAAACGUACAAUUAUGUUAAAUAAUAAUGCUUGCAGCGGCUGUUUUUCGUCUAACAAUCAUCAACUGUAAUUUCAUUUCCAAUUUAUAGUAAUUUAAAUCUCCAGUAACUUUAUUUAUCUCCAACCUGAUGCCACUGAUAGGUAUCGAUACGACACGCGUCUCAAGUCUCUAAAAGCCGUAUGAGGAUGUUCCUCGGAUGCGAGGGUAUCAAUGGCAAACGUAAAUGUACGUAUCAAACCAGUCCCAUCACCGCACUUGAUUCAUUUCGAUCGAAAUACGAUGUUCCAUUUCUCCCAGUCUUUCGUUCCUCGCGUUCUACUCGCUUGGUCCAAGAAUCAGCAGCCCCCCAGCACGUUGGCUCGUUCGUAAACGAUCGAUUAAUAUCGGCAUUGUAAAUACACACCCCCUCACGGACAAAUCUUUGCUCAGCUUUCUAUUGUUUGCGAGUGAGUGAGUGAGAGGCGGAGAGACUGGUAUCGAGUGACGGAAAGAGACGGGAGGUCAGUUCACUCGAACGGAUUUAAUGUAAAGCUCGAUUCGCCGUGUUCUUUGGGCAAGUAGACGUUUAGUGUACAUAGCGAUGCGAAAUAUAGGAAGCAUUUUCUGUAACGAAUAUUUGUUACCAUGGUGAACGAGAAAUUUCAAAAUGUUCUGGGUAAAGGUAAACGAGGUAAAUGGACCGAUCAUCGACAUGGCUAUUUUGUAACAAUUUGCACGAUAAUAAAACACUUUAGAUACCAUUGUUGGUUAUAUUAUAGCGUGAGAAGAUGUUAUUGGGUAAUAAUAGGACCCUUUGAAACCAUUUAACGAGAAUGUCAAUGUUAAUAAAUUUAAUGUAUGGUUUAUUGAAAUUAAAAAGCAUAAUGCUCUCGUGAAAUUUUUACCAAAUAUGUUAUUCAAAUAAUAACGAAUUGUGCGUGUCGAUGGCUGGGCUGUCGUGGAAAUUAGGUUUGCAUUUACCUCGCCUAUCGUUGUUUCUCGAGCAUCCGUCUUAUCUUCCGUUUUUUAAUCACGAUGUUUGUUAUGCAACGAAACGCAGACUUCUCACGGGCUGGGAGAUAGAUUAAUCCCGGACUCGCCUACUUUAUUGGCAAUGAAAAUGUUGACGUUCUACGCGAGAGGCAACCUCGCGAGCGGUUUUCGAUUUAAUUAAUCGGAAGUGCGAUCCAUCGAGUGAUAGAGUUAAUAUCGCUCGAGAACUCGAGCAUGCUAAGUUAAACCCCGGGUGGAGAUACUGCUAAGAUUAAAUUUACGGUAUCAGAUAAGUGGUUCAUUUUCCUAAAUUUUCCAGAAACAAGAUUCAUCUAAACAAAAUAAUCUAACAACUCCAAAAUGUAUUAUUCGGCGAUCAAAUUUUGUAUGGAAUUAGUAUUUCUGUGGACUGAUUUAUUCCAGAAUAAUUGGGUAGGUAAGUAAUACAUUUUCGAAUGAGAUGUAUUAUUUUUUAACGAUACUGUGUACAAAGUAGAAAUAUUAUUAAUCAUGUCGAGAUCCUCUGAUCGAUCUUAAUCAAUUCAUUGUUCUCUUUAUGAUCAUUUCUUAAAAGCAAUGUGAAUCUACAUAUUUUAUUGAUUUGACAGUGUUUUCGUGCAGUAUUCCGAAAUAGUUAGUAGCCAACCUAACAGACAGGAACAAUUCAUAUAAUUCAACAAGUGCUCGAAUCCUUUCAGUUCUUUUUUUUUCCAAUCGAUUUAUUCAGAUUUUUUUUACCCCAAUUCUCUACGAUCCCAAAAGAGCAAAAUAUUAAAAUCAAAACAACAUUUUUUUUUAAUGGAACGCAUAAAAAUGAUUAAUACUGUGCCUCAAAUCACUGGAAUUUAUUCGUAUGACGGAUAUUGCAUACCAGAAAAGGCAUCUCACUCGUACCGAAAAAAAUUACAAAAAUAAACCUGUAACAGCCAGAGCACGAUUUUCCAAACGUUUAUAGCAUAUUCCAAUCACUGCAAUUAAUUCUUUCGUUCACAUGGACGAUAUUAAAUUUUAUAGAGAAUAUUCUUUAAUUAAUCGACAACUGUUAAAGUAACCUUCCUGGUUUCAAAAAAUAUACAAAAAGUGCAAUAAGAAUCCAAUGAGAAUGCAAUUCUCAUUGGAAAUAUUUUUUUUCUCCCUUCCAGUGCGAUAUUAAUUUUAAUCUAAUUAAUUAACGAUUAUCCGGCUGAUUUCUUUGAUCGUAAAUUGUAAACAGAGGCUCGGGAAAUUUUUCAUCCGUAAGGCACAGGAAUACAAUUUUCCAAUCACUGGGAGCAUUUUCGUUCGCUGGCACGUAGAACGGGAUCUUUUUUGUGAGAAUUCUUUUCCGAUCGAUCGGCGAAUAUUAACGUGGUCCUAAAUUAAGGACCUGCACGGGUGCCAAAAAUUCGAUGGAUCCAAUAAAAUCGCGCGAAGAAAGGUGGGGAAAAAUGACGAAAAAGCGAUUUUAAACGUUUCAAAACGCGCACGCAGAGAUUCACGAGAAAAAGAGAAUGGAAUAAUUUGCAAUUAAUCCCCUCGAUGAUACGCAUCCAUGACGAGUACGUGCGUAUUAGCCUGUAUACACACACACACACACACGCACGCACGCACGCACGCACACGCACACACGCACACACAGAUAGACACAUGCAAGUCAGCUAGUGAAUUUCCCUCGACAUAGGAUGACAAUUGCGAGAUAAGGUGCGCGAUGCACGACAGUGGAACGAAUCAGUCCGAUCCGCGUUUCCCCUUGCGUCAGAGACGGAAGAGGUCUUCUUCUUUUUCCCCUCGGCCCUUCGAGGACCGAAAUUCCUCUAGACAAUGGUUUUUAUACACUUAUGGGGUACGUUGAUAUAACAAAAAAAUAUGAAAAUUGUACUCAGAAUCAUAAAAAUUAAUGUUUAAUUUUGCGAAUGUAUUUCACUAUGUCUUUCACAGUAUAAUGAUUAUAACAUACAGUCUGAGCCUCACAAAUUUUAAAAUAAAAUGUUAGAAAUAUAUUUAGUUGAGAUCAAGUUAUUUUUUUUUUAUUAUUGUGAUAAUUGUAGAAACAAGAAGUUUCAUGGGGCAGUUUAUUUGAUCUAUUUUGCCCUAAUUUAGAACGGAUUGAAAGAUAAACAAUUGAACAAAAAAUGCUUGUGAAAUUGUUGAAAGAAGAAUGGUACUUUUCGUUUCUAGAAUGUAUCCAGUUAUUCAAAAUAUGAUUGUGCUUCCACUGGCGCUUCCAAUGUUGAAUAUUUUUAAAACCGAAUACCGUUUUACUUUUUCGUUUCGAGGCAGUUCGAGGCGCGCGAAGAACGCCCUGUUAUCAUCAACAUUUAUGCAAAAUCGGAUUACAGAGCUCGCGUGACUUAGACGCGAAUGACGUUUGACACGAUAACGAAAAUUAUUGUUCUGAUAAUAGAGCCGCACCUCGUAUCGAGAUAAAUCUGGAUUCCGUGUAUCGGUUCGCAACAAAGUUGGUGAUUGCUCUGCGAUUACAUUUCCGAUGUCGGAUUAAAUACUGUAAACGUGAACUGUACUUUUAAUCUGCGAGUAUGAAUCGAUAAUUUCUGUUAUCUUUCACGAGUAAUCGUGAUUAUUCGUUGGUCACUAAUCACGGUUAGUGAGACUUACGAAUCAUCGUUUAUUAUUCAUGGGAAAUUAAUCGAGGUUUAAUCGCUAUUUCACUGCUCAUCGAUCAUUCGUUUAUCUUAGUCUGAUUUUGGAUAAGAAAUAAUUUAGGCUGAAUCAUCGUCAGGACCGUUUCAAACAAUUUCUGGAUACUUUGUGAUGAAAGUUUCUUUUAAAUCGAAGAAAUAUCAGAGAAGAUCGCGUAAGAUCAGGAUUCAAGUACAAAGAAUAAUUUAUUUUGAUAGACUUUCGUACUCGAGAGAAUUACAUCUGAUCUGGAACGAGUAGAGCGCGACCUUUAGUUGAAUGUAUCAUAACAAACACGAAUGUCACGCGAUUUUUAAGAAGUAUUAUUUCGAAUGUAUAUUUCCCAAAUGUCAUCGAGUUUCAGCUGUCGUGUUAUAAGGUAUUGUGAGGAAAUUCAAGCGAUACGUCUGUUUGUUCCUUUACUAAAUAAGUACCGACGCCGUAAUGUAUGUUUAGUUAUAGGUUUAUCGUUAAACUUGUCUCUCGUAGAUUUAGUAAGUAUUAUACGUGUCAAGAUGAUAGAUUUAUAAUAACGUGUAAUAAUGUCAACAAUAAAGUACUGUUA